UAGAAUCUAGAUCUAUAGUUAGAUAUAUAUAGAUCUAUAGGUUUUCAUGUUAAUAAUAAUUUGCGAUGGUAGAGCUUUUGGGUGCAGGUUUAUGAGGCUGUGGGGUACUACUGGAGCACCGAAAGAACCUGCUAGGGCGUGGGCGGCAUAAUAUCGCCUAUUACCGUAAAGUCGUCAAAGUCUUGACGAGAAAUGAAAUGACCAGUCACCAAGACCAAGAGUCUAAAUUCUAAAUACUAGAGUCUAGAUCUAGAUCUAGAUUAUAAAAAAAAAAAAACACUUUAGUCUUUACAUACUCAUACUAAAUCUAGAUUCUAGAUCUAAAGAGCUGAAAAGUACCCAGAUAAAUAGAUUAGAUCUAUAAUAGUAUAAAAUAGUCUGGAGUUGGAGAGUCGUAGAGAGAUCUAGACUAGAGUAUGGCCAAUAUAAAGGAUGAGCCCCUGCCCCUGGAUAUAAUAUUAGUAUUUGGUCAAAAGAAAAUUCCUAUUCAUCUUGAAUUAAGUUCGGAUGAUGAAUCAAAAUUUAUUACAGUUGAACAUUUAUCCAACAAAGUUUAUAAGGAGACAAAAGUUGAGCCCUCUUGUCAAAAGUUGAUAUAUAAAGGGAAAGCUUUGUUUAAAACAGAUGAUACUAACAGCCUUAAAGAACCAAUUUCAGCUUUUGGUAUUCACAAUGGGGACAGAAUAAUGCUACUUGCUCGAAAGCUGGAACCAGCUGAUGCAACAGAAAAACCUUCUCAAGCUAAAAAGAAAAAGGACAGUGAAGUUACUGAUCAACAACUAAAUGAAGUUGAUAAUACCACAUUACAGCAAAGGUUAGAAGAUGUUCAAAGUGAAGUGGAAAAGAUCUGCUUGCGGUGUGAUGAGUUAGUUAAAGACUCUCGAAGAAUCUCUGAAUCUCUAGCCUUGAAGUCUUGCAAAAGAUCAUUUGUUCUACUGCAUGAAGAUUCUAUGAAGCUUUUAGAACGGGUUGAUGCUAUACACUCUAGUAAUAAUGAAGAGGCCAGAAAACUCAAAAAGAGUAUUGUUGGCUCACUGCAGGUUCAGCUAGAUAUAUGUGAGAAAGAAAUUGGAGAUUUAUCACAAAAAUUGCUCGAUGACUAGAAAAAUCAAGUAGAUUAAAUAUUGCUUUAUCUUAGUAUUCCCUUAGGAAUAAUUAGAAUUUUAGAAUUUAAACAAUAAAAUUGUUUUAAACACAUUAUA